AUAUGUCUUUUGUCCUUUGACACGGAAUAUUUUCCUCUAACAAAGACAAAUUCAUUUCCAAAGAUGGUUGAAAAAGAAAUAAAACUACAAAGACGCUAUGGAAUUUUACAUGGUGUCGGUGUAAUUUCUGGAUUAGUAUUUGGGUCAGGCAUCUAUGUUGCACCAACUGGUAUUCUUCGUCAAGUCAAUUCAGGAGCUUUAGCUCUUAUAAUAUGGUUAGUAAGUGGGAUACUUUCGUUUGUAGGAGCAUUAUGUUAUGCAGAACUAGGGGCUAAUGCUGUAAAAUGCCUAACUUUUGCGAAAUAUGUUCUAGAACCCAUAUUCGAUUGUGGAGACGUACCAAUGAUGGCAGAUAUGUUUCUCGCUAUUAUAUUUUGCUGGUUCUUGGUCAUAAUUAAUUGCUUCUAUGUUAAAUGGUCUGCACGAACUCAAACCAGUUUUACUAUAUGUGGAAUAAUUGCGCUACUUAGCAUCAUUAUUACGGCUGUGGUACAUGUUUCUUCUGAAGGAAAAUUGAAUGAUCCCAAUUUUGGAUUGGAUAAGGCAACGGUAUCUGCCGAAAAGAUUGUCCUAGCAUUUUAUUCUACAUUUUGGGCUUACGGAGGCUAUCAAGCAUUGAACUUUAUUGUUGACGAAAUUGAAAAACCUAAAAGAAAUCUUCCAAUAGCAAUAGGAAUAUCUGCAAUUAUUUCUAUUGUAUUUUACAUCUCUAUAAAUUUUGCAUUUAUAGCCGUUCUGGGUUCAGAAACUGUUGCUAAUACUGUAGCUGUAGGAUCUCUUUUUGCAAAAAAAAUGUGGGGACCACUAUGGUUUCUUAUAUCGAUUUGUAUCUCUAUUAAUUUAGCUGGCUCAUUCAAUUCUGGGCUUGUUAUUGCGUCAAGGUUAACAUUUAUUGCCGGAAAAAAGGGAGAUUUUGGAUCUGCUAUGAGUCUAGUUAGCAUAAAAUAUUUGUCACCAGUGGUAGCAAUCCUGACUGAAGGAAUUGUAAUUACUCUCGCUAUUUUGGUUAGAGAUAUUUAUCUCAUAUUGAAUUUAUCCGUUUUCUUUAAUCAAGCCUCGGAAGCUCUUGUAUUCCUGGGAUUAAUUAUUUGGAGGUUUAAAAAGCCAACUAUGGAUAGGCCUAUUAAACUUCCUCUUCCUUUAUUAAUAUUUUUUGUAGCCUUACUGUUUCUCCUGUUAAUUGUGACAGCUUAUAGUAAGCCCCUUCAUACAGUUUUGGGAUUAGCAAUUUUCGUUUCGACUGGAUUGGGAUAUUAUUUCAUUUUUGUAUCUUGGAAGAACAAACCGAAAAGCUACCUGAAAUUACGACAUACCGUAACUGUAUUUCUUCAAAAGCUCUUCUACGCUGCAAAUGAAGAUACUGAUGACUCGUAG